GCCUGCCACAUGAUGCUGGUUGCCGCGCUUGUCCUCGUUAUUACCCUGAUUGCAGUUGCGAUUACCCGAGAUAUACAUCGGAAGUGGACCACCUGCCUUCCUAGCGGUCCCAAAGGCUCUCUACUUGUUGGGAACCUCUUCCAGAUUCCUCCUACAUUUCUGCAUCGGAAGUUGCACGAAUGGUCACUAAAGCAUGGGCCGCUCUAUGCCUUCUGGAUAGGCAGUCAAGCCUACGUUGUUGUCAACAGCGUGCGGGUUGCGGGGGAUAUCUUGGAUAGAAAAUCGGGCGUGACCAGCGACAGGCCGAUAAUGAUUAAGGCGCGUCAGUUCUAUGUACGUGAUCAGCUAUUACAGACCGUUGGUCACACACUCCGGCAAGUCCUAUCUACAACCUGAGUUAUGUCUCUCGCUGAGCAUAGCUGUAGGUGGAGAGCAUAUCGUCGCGCCAUUCAUGCCAACAUGAAUGUUCGUGCUGCUACCCGUUUCUACCCUAUGCAUGAAAAUGACGCAGCAUAUUUCACUCUUGGUCUUCUACAAUAUCCGGAGAAGGAAUAUGACAAGCACUGUCAUAGGUUCGCCACGUCGAUGAUAUCGGGCGCUCUCUAUGGGAAAAGGAUCGAUCAUAAGGAUGGCAGUGGGAUUCUGCAGAAGGUCGAAGAGCUCACGCAAGAGUUGAUGGAUACUAUUUUGCCCCAAAACAAUAUUGUUGAUAACCUCCCCUUCCUCGAGCCGGUGAUACGCAGAGUGAAGUGGCUGCGGAGGCAGGCCGACUGCUGGCACGACCAAGUUAUACAGGAGGGUUACCGCCUUUACAAUGACGCUAAGCGAACUGAUAAUUGGGAUUCAACUACGAUUGUGCAGGAUUUUGAAGCAAACCGGGACAAAUAUGGUCUGUCUCGUGAUGAAGCGAUGUGGAACACAUUUUCCCUGUAUAUUGCAGGGCAAGAGACCACCCAUUCUGUGAUGCGCGUCUUUGCACUGGCAAUGCUCCACAAUCCUGCAGUCAUGCGGGCGGCCCAGACACAGCUAGACGCUAUCUGCGAGAAUCGAACUCCCACAUUUGAGGAUAGGUCUAGACUCCCGUACAUCGAAGCUAUCGCCUUCGAGGCAGCUCGCUGGAUGCCCCCUGUACCACUCAGUCUCUUCCACCGGGCAUCUGCGGAUUUUGAGUACGAAGGGUACACAAUACCUAAAGGCACAGUUCUCAUCGACAACCUUUGGAGCCAAACACGUGAUGCUUCGGUCUAUCCCGAUCCAGAGGCAUUCAAUCCCUCACGAUAUCUUGAUCAGACGACCGGUAACCGGCUUCCCGCCGCUGCUGAUACACAUAACAGCCUCCUCGCGUUCGGCCAUGGACGACGUGUUUGCCCAGGACGUGCCUUUGCUCUGAACAGCGUUUUCAUCGCCUGCGCCUACUUGCUGUGGGCUUUCGACUUUUCGUGGCCGGUCGAUGAACACGGCAAUGAGAUCAAGUGCGGGGUAGACGAGAUGAUCGAUCGUCAAGUCAUCGUAGCCCCGAGGCCUUUCGAGCUGGUUUUGAAGCCCAGGAAGAAAGAUCUGGAAGCGCGAUUACUAGCGGCGAUGAAAUCGUAGCCAGAUUCGGGAUUCGUACGUUGGGCUUCCAAAGCGCUCCGGUUUCUUAAUGUACUAUGUUCUGGCCUAUGUUAGAACUCCACAAAUGAACCUUUCCGUAUAGGUUUGCCCUACUUAGGAAUCCCCGAAACAUACGUGAAUUACAAGGAGGUAUGCGCGCAUAUUCCGCAGCGAAUUCACUCCUGGGACUAAACUAGCUUGGCACGCCAAAUCAGCUGCGACGCACCUCCGGGAAGAGACUUUGGUCUGGAACAGCCUGUUCAUCGCCGGCGUGACGCUGCCAUGGGCGUUUGAAUUCCAUUGGCCUGUUGACGAGAAUGGGAGAAGUGAGGUGCGAGGUGGACGACGUGGUUGAUCAUACACAGUUCUCCGAACCCGUUUCGUGUGGUGGUACGUCUGAGAGAAGAGGUGUUAGAGGAACGCCAGACUCGUAGACAGUCCUACAACAUAGAUGGCAGUGCCACAUUCACAAUGACAUGUAUCUUUUUG